AAAAAAUUCUGUUUCUUAUUUUUCAGUCGAAAAUUUUUAUUUUUUUUUCAGCUUGUAAUCGGUCAAUUCGCUCCUCGUUUUAAUGGGUAUGCCCAACAUGAUUCUCAAGAAUUGACAGCAUUUUUACUUGAUGGAAUGCACGAGGAUCUUAAUAGAAUUACUGAAACAACUAAAAAUAAUAAGGAAGAGGAUUCUAAUGUAUGUAAUGAACCUAAGACAGCAUCAGAAGCUUGGAGACUUUAUAAACAACGAAAUAACAGUAUUAUUGUUGAUUUAUUUCAUGGACAAAUGAAGUAA